CGGAGCGCGGCCGCGGAGCGAGCGCGGCCAGGUCGGGCGGGGCCCUUGCCCGCGGCAGCCGGCGCACCUGGGGCGCGGCCCGGACCCGCCCCCGCCGCUUCCCGCCCGCCUCCUGGGGAGGUGUCAGCGGGGGACGAUGGCUCAGGCCUCUGCAUCGCUGCAGGAUUUAAUCCGGGAGGAUUUCCUGACCUGUAAGAUCUGCUACGAGCUGUACACGGUGCCGAAGAUCCUGCCGUGCCUCCACAGCUACUGCCAGCGAUGCCUGGAGCUGCUGCUGAAGGAUGGAGCCCUGCACUGCCCCGAGUGCCGGCUGAAGACGGAGGCCCCCGGUGGGGCCUCCACUCUGAAAACCAACUUCUUCAUCAACAGCCUCCUGGAGCUAUUCCAACUCAAGCACAAGCGCGACCUGGCCUGCACCGUCUGCUCCGACGCCCAGAGGACCCAGCCUGCCACCGCCCGCUGCCUGGACUGCAAAGACUUCUUGUGCCAGACCUGCACGCAGGGCCACUGCUGCUCCCGCCUCACCCUGCACCACAAGGUGGUGAAGCUGGAGCAGUUCUUGGCUGGGGAGCACGAUGCCGAGAUGAGGCUUCUGCAGGAGCUGUGCUGCCAGGACCACCAGCAGGAAGCGCUGCGGUUCUUCUGCGACACCUGCGGCGCUCCCAUCUGCAGGGACUGCCGCAUGCUGGACCACUUUGAGCACAAGGUGGUGUCCAUGGCCAGCGCCGUGCAGCGGGAGCGGCCUUCUGUGGAGCAGCUGAUCGAGAGCCUGGGGGGAACCAUUGUUGGCAUCUCUGAGCGGGAGAAGACUGUGGGGGUGGCGAUGGACACGCUGGAAGCUGCAGGUGAGAACAUCAAGGAGACGAUCACCAAGUAUGUGGAAGACCUCAGUGCCUACCUCCACGCCCAGAAGGACGCUGCACUGGGCGAGCUGUCAGCUUUCCUGACCCAGCAGAUGGAGAGGUAUCAGCAGGUGAAGGAGGAGCUGCAGAACCAGAGAGACAAAGCCAUCAGCACGAGGGAGUUCUCCCAGAGGAUCCUGGAUGUGGGGAAGGACUACGAGAUCCUCCAUUUGGAGGGCAUGAUAAGGAACAGGAUCCAGGAGCUCCAGGCAUACACCCCGCAGGAGCUAAAGAGCCAAGUCCCUAAACUGACCAUUUCCUGGGACGAGCCUACGCAGCUCUCAAAAGCAGCGUUCUUCAGCCUGGCUUUUCCCCAGCAGCAGCCAGAAGGAGACGUGGACGCUUUUGAGGCUGGCAGCGAGAGGUCUGUGUCACUCAGGGAUGUGUUUGAUGACAACAUCAACUCAUCCCUUGACUCAGAGGAGGACUGCUGUCUGAGCUCUGACGAGAGGGUGCUUUCCACCCCUGAGGCGAGCCUUUCCCCAUGCAGAAGGCAUGGGCUGCAGCCUGUGUGUGUCUUUACCUUUGAGGUAAAACAAUACCCCUCUUACUCAAAGCCCAGCAUCUCGGGGAUUGCAGUCCUGCCGCACAAGGACGGCUAUCUCCUCCUGGACCAGGCAAAUGAAGAGAUAAGGCAGUACAGCAUUAAAGGGUUUCUCCAGAAGUCGAUACCUCUGCCGGAUGAUGACAGGGGCUUCUGCGGUAUUUCAGUCUGUGGAGACACCUUGGCCUGCUCCUCAGACACGUACCUCUUCUUCUUGACACUGGAUGGCAAGUUCCUGCGCAAGCUGCGGCUAAGGGGAAGUGAGUCCUCCUAUGCUCUCACAUCCUUCAAGGACUCCUAUGUUGCUGUCAGCGAGGGGACGCUCUGCUCCAUCUCCCUGUACAGCCCCUCCGGGCACUGCGUGGGCAGAGUGAAACCUCCGGAUUACGAGGAUGGGAAGUUCUUGUUUGUUGCUGUCAAUGCCUGGGAGGAAUUCAUCGUCUCAGACUUUGUCAAGAAGCAGGUUCUCAUCCUCAAGAAGUCAGGGCAGAUCCUCAAUGUGCUGAAGGCACCGCACUCACCACUUUCGAAGCCAUUCAGUGUCUGUGUGAAUGCACUCGGCAGUAUUUUUGUGGUUGAUCAGUUCCAGGUGAUUCAAUUCUCAAGAGACGGCAGGAGAGGGGGGGAGAUACUGAGCAGCCAGAGGCAACGGAAGAGGCCCCGGGUCAUCACCGUGGAUCUGGAUGGGCGCCUCGUCCUGGUGCGGGAAGACUGCCACGUCCACGUUGUUUGGCCUUAGCAUUGUCCAUGGAGCCUGAAUUGAGUGUCCAAAUCUGGUUCUGCAGUCCCAGGUCUGAGCCCUUUUGUUCAUAGCAUGAGCAUGGCCAUCUCCAGGUGCAUUAUGGAGCCUUGGCCUGGACAGCAAGGAACAGCAGAGCGGGGGGUCCGGUCUGGAAUCUCUGCUUCAAGGGCUCUGAAAAUGCUGGGGCAGUGGGGGAAUCAUUCACUACCUGAAACAAGGUCCAUGCUACUGAUGCUUGUCUCCUCCCCUGACACCAGGGAUUACAGGGAUGCUGCAGUGUGGCAGCUCCACCUGACCUGCAGAUUGUGCUACAGAAAGAGCAGCUGAGAGACGCCUUGGCUUGCCCUGUGUUUGGAAGUUGGCUCUGGGGGAGGUCUUUGAACUGUUUCACUGUAACAGGACAACCUGGCACCAUUCAGAGCCAGAAGCCAGCAGGAAGUGUCAGAUUCUGACUUGCUGCCCUGGGGCAUAGCUCAGAUGAAGGGCUGCUUCAUCUCCACGUACACUUUCUUCCCUCAGGUCUCACUGAGAAUCAGCCCAUCAUCUCAGCCCCUUCAGCUUCAGCCUCUCCUCUCUGCAGGGGUCAGCAUCCUCGUUGCCUCAAGCAGGUUGACCAGAAAUGACAAAUCUAGUGCCUGCCAGGAAGGGAGGGAUCCGGGUCUGAGGAGAGUGGUUAAUGCUGCCUGGACAAGAGACUGCAUCCAGAGAGCCCAAACCCAAAGCUCCCAGCCUUGCCAGCGGCGACGACUGAAGGGGUACUCACGAGGGAGGCAGCAGUGGUAGUUUCUGUCCCCAGGUGUAGAGGGUGAUGGUUUCCAACAUUCCUCUCCUCAUGAUCCUGCCAGACCCUGGCAGCGCAGCCGGUGCUUGGGGGAGAGCAGGGUGGCAGGGGGUCUUGGCGUACAUGUACAUUUGGGGCCACAGACUGCACAAUUGUUACUACAUUCCAGCAUCGCCCGUCACUACUGUGCAGGCAGGCACAGCAGCCAGAAGUGAACAUGCGGUGCGCAUGGCUUAGUGUGAGCCACCUUCCAGGAUGUCUUUGCGCUUUGCUUGAAUGAAGCCCAUGGCAGGUCCUCUGAAGGAGCCUGGCAGUGGGCAAGAGAACAAAGGAGCUCAGAGCUCUUCCUGGAGUCGGGGACAGAGAUGAGGCCAGUCACUGGCAGCUUUAUUGCUACCGGAGUGCUUGUGCUUAGAGGCAGGGGCAGGGGCACUGUCUGGGAGCUGUACAAGCCCAGAGGCUAAACAGUCAUGUGCUUUGGCACCACAUCAGUUGUGCUCCCAGGAGACGUGUGUUCCUUUGCAUGCCCCCUGCACGUCCUCACCAGCACUCCUGCCCACACAAGUCACUUCUCUCCUGCUGUGGUGCAUAUGGAGCCUGGUGCCUCUGCAAGGUUCCCAUGACCAGAAUCAUUCCCUACCCCACCUGCAUCCUUUCUUUAUUCCUUCUCCAAGGUGCAUGGGAAGGGGCUCUCCUUCCUCCCUGUGUCUGUGAUGAUGCACUGCAUGUGUGAGGCCCAGGGACCCCUGCAGAGCUGAGCCAGGCACUUGGCACGUCCUGGGCUCCAGCUGGGUCCUGCACAUGCAGUCUGAAGCCAGCUGUGCCAGUAUGGGCCAGGCAGUGGAGCUCCCAGCUCCCGCCCUCCCUGGGUGUGACGACUGGCUUCAGUCCCUGCAGGCUGGUGGGAGGAAGGGGGGGCUGCUCUUUGGCACCAAGGGACAGUCCCUGCUGUGCUGAGGGAUGUGAUGCUACUGCACGUAGAGCUAAGUUCCAUGGGCUACUCAUAACCGUGUCCCACUGUCUCCUGUGUGCGACUGCUGUCUGCCUCUGCUGCCACCUUCCUCCUGGUGUGACAUCACCAGCCUCCCCCUGCUGAGCAUUGCUGUGAGGAGGGGGUAGUGGGGUGCAGUGCCUGCACUGUACAUCCUUCCAGACCAGCCUGUCUUCUAGAGUGGAUCUCACUGCAGACAUGGUGAAAUCCCAGAGUUGCAGCGUCUCAUCACCGAGAUGCCAGCUGGGUCACGAUGCUCAGCCAGCAGCACUUGUCUCCAAUCCAGGCUUCAGGAGUGUCUGCGUGGAGCUGGGAAUGGGAGGCUGGGUUCCAAGCCUGUUGCCUUUCAAGUCUGUACCUCUUUUGUAAUAAAUUCCUCUUUCCCUGUCA